CGGUUUUAAGCGUAAAAUAGUGGCUGGAAAAACAAAUGUGCUGUGGGGGUUCCUGCAGUGUUCUGAGCCAUUAACUGGGAGUAUUUGCAUGGAAUUUUUUUUGGUUUGUCAUUUCUCUCCAAGACUUCUCAGCUUUUUUGUCUCUACCCUUCAUAUUAAUAAAAUAGCUGGAGGCAGAAUAAUCAGAGAAUCAUGGAAUGUCCUGAGCUGGAAGGGACCCAAAGAUCAGAAAAGUCCAGAUCCUGUGGCUGCACCAGAAACCUGUGGAGAAAAAGUUCAGAGCUGUUCAGGGCAGAUCAUUAGAGCCGGGUUAAGUGGUGGUUAAUGAGGUGCAAUUAUUGGGCAAAGUUCUUUAAAAAAUGUCCAAAUCUUUCACCUUUGAAUAAUGCUCAUCUUUGCAAGGCUCGCCAGGGAAGGAAGGAGCCCCAAACACAGGGAUCCCUGUGUGAAUCCUGGUGCCCACGCCAGAGGAACAGGAGCACUGCUCCCCUGAACCCAGCUGUUUUCACAGCUUGAUCAGAGCUCGGUGCUGGCCGCCCUCGCCGUGAGUGGGAGGAGCGUUGGGGCAGGAGGAAUGACUCUGCUAAGAGUCACCAAAUCCUCCCAGAAUUACUGACUUACUGAAUUACUUUAAUCUGUUAAAGCUCCAAGAGGUCGGGGGAGCCGGAGCAGAGGAUGUUUGGAGAACAGGGCAGAGAAGACAGAGGAGCUGCCAGGAUGGAGAAGUCCAGGAGGAUCGUGGCCAGUGCCCUGCUGGGUGUGCUGUGUGUGGGGCUGUGCCUGGCUCAGCACUGGUCCUACGGCCUCCAGCCAGGGGGGAAGAGGAGCGCCGGGGACCUGCUGGGACCAUUCCAAGAGAUUGCAAAUGAGAUGGCAGAAUUAGGGGAGGUACAGCAGAGGGAGUGCCCAGGCUCGUACCAGAACUCCAGGAUCAGGGACCUGAAGGAAGCCAUGGGAGAGAAGCAGCAAAAGGAUGAGAAAAGUUUCAAGCAGCAGCACCCCAAGAACAGCUUGGAAAACUCCAGUGGUGCCUGGGAAGCUGCUGCCCAAGAACCCAUCAGCUCCCAGCUCCUCACCUCCGCUGAGCUCCUGGGGGUGCUGCUCUCGUAG